AUGGACGCCUCCACGCUAUUGGAACAGUACACGCAGGACCUGUCAAAUCUGCCGUCCGAGCUGGCGUAUCUGCUGGAGGAGCUGAGGGAGAAGGAUCUGAAGCUGUACGAUAUCAAGAAACGCAUUAGUCAGCGAGAUAACCAGCUGUUCAAACAUAUCAAACAACAGGGCUCUUUGGUCAAGCAUCCAAAGGAGGACCAGAUAUAUCAGAAGAACAGAGAGGAUUUCGAGAAGGGUAGCAAGAUACAGGAGGAGAAGUGUGUCUUGGCGAACACUGCGCUGUUUCUCCUGGCAAAACACCUGACCAAGCUGGAGAACGACAUCGAGAAGCUCGAACAAGAGGGAGUGGUGCCGCCGAUUUUGAACGAAGAGUCUUCCGACGACGAGGACGCCGAAAACUGUAUGCUGGACAUGCUGAGCUCGCAGAUCUCGAGCACGUCGCUCGACUCUCUCGGGUCUGUGCCGCGCAAGGGCCGGCUUCCGCGCAAGUCUAGACACUCUACGCCGUCGAACGUCUACAUGGGCAGCUACUCGAGCUCGAUGAUGGGACUACGCAACAGAAUGACAUCCGAGGAAUUAAGCGAUUUUGAGAUGGAAGACAUGAUGAUACGAGCACCGCGCAAGAAGAACUCUUUGCUGGAGCAUGGAGCGUCCGGCACAGUGACUAUUCCAAAGGCCCCAAACCACAAUUCCAACGAGGAGGACGAGCUGUACUGUUUCUGCCAGCAGGUCUCGUACGGGAACAUGAUUGCGUGCGACAACUCCGACUGCAAAUACGAGUGGUUCCAUUAUGACUACCGAGCGGCGGCGGCGUGA